CCAGUCUGUUGUUUAAUUAUGGGGAUAGCCCAAGCUCUCAGCCGCCGUGGGAUUAAAAUGGAUGGGGUAGGAUGUGCAUGAUAAAAUUACAACAGACGGGCGGCUACAAUCACCACCCUGCAUCGGGGCUGAUCCGUUGAAGCGAAGCGACCAACAAGCCCAGGGUUAUGCCGCAUUAGCAGUCAACAUCUGCAGUUUCUCCAGCCUCGUCCCUCUCCCGGUUUCUUCUCUCUUCCUUGCAUUUGUUCUCCCUGUGUUCACUCUGGAUUUGUCUUGCCUGCACAUUCUCUAUCCUUCCUCUUGCUGAACUGCAUCCCUUUUUCCACUUGGGCCAUCGAAGCGGGAGCUAGGCCCAUGAUGCUAUGCAUCAUUGUAUUACUGUCCGCCUUCAUUGCCCCCUCCCAUGCCUCGACCGGCUGUGAUGCCACGGCUAUUUCCAUCCCUCUCCAGGAUACAAAAGUUCUGGAUGAUGUCGAAGAUUCCUAUAUGAUUGGUCUGCGCACCAAGCUGGGGACUCCGCCUCAGGACAUCCUCAUGCUUCCAUGGCCUGAGCUGAACAACACCUGGGUGUACGACUAUCAGCCCUAUUGUGAUGACACUAUUAUCCGGAACGACCUUAUCUGUCGAGUGAGGAGAGGCGACUACUUUUUCGAAAACUCAUCGUCAACAUACGCCAGAGCGACUACAAUGCAGACUGCCGGCGGCGCCACUCAAGAAACCACCUACUCGGGCGCUGAGACGGGCAUUCCCAGCCUAAUCACCUCGUCCAUCAACGGCGACGAUGUCUUUGAAUUGGGCUCGACAAACCUGACUUCGUUUCCCAUCGGAAUUCCUAGACUCAAUUGGGACCAUGGGUAUACUACUAUCCACGCUCUGGGCCUGGGCAAGAACUCAACCUUUCUCAACGGCCUAUUACAGGCCGGUCAGAUCGCGUCCCUCUCGUGGUCCCUUUUCUGGGGCCGCAUGUGGGUUGAUGACUGGCUUGAUGGAUCGCUUGUGCUCGGAGGCUACGAUUCGAAGCUUAGUGUGGGCGAGAACUACACCCAGUCGCUGGACUACAGCGACAAUGACGGUACUGGUUGCUGGACAGGCAUGAAGGUGACAAUUACAGGAAUUGAAUUGAACUUUAGCAAUGGCAGCAAUCUCAACAUAUAUGAGGAUGCUCUGCCUGUCUGCAUUGUCCCACAACGUCAGUUGCUCAUGGAGGGACCCAAUAGCAUACGUGAAGCCUUUGAGGACGCAACUGGCAUGGUCUACCAAAACGCCUCAUAUGGACUCCAUUGGUCCGCCGGACAAUACCUUGCGGAUAAUGCAUACGAUGGCGAUAUAACCAUAAUCUUGUCAAGCGGCUUGGCCGUCCGCGUCCCGAACAGCCAGUUCCUCCCGCCCUACAUAGAUAUUGCCGACAACGGAAGCCGGGUGUACAACAACUCUAUCAGAGAACUUUUGUACAACGGCGUUGGAAAGCAACCAGCGACGUUGGGCCGGUACUUCUUCACUUCGGCUUAUCUUACAGUGAACCAUGACAGCAACUCAUUCACACUCUCCGCAGCAAAUGCAACGACGGAGAGCGAGCUGGUUCCCAUUGUCUCUGAGUCAAAGGUCAAGUCCAAGUCCUGCAGUGACGGAGCCGCAGACACGGGGCCGACGGUUACUGCAAGUUCAGCAGCAACGGCGCAAGGAUCAAGUAGGCACACGUCCCCGGGAGCGAUAGCCGGGGGCGUAGUGGGCGGAGUUGUCGUUGUGCUCGCUGCCGUUGGGGUUGCUGCUUUCGUGCUGGUGCGUAGGCGACGGAGGCGGGAAAAUUCUCAUGAGUUGCCGGCCGAUUCCGUGUCAGAUCGCGGUCCUUUAGCGCAGUACAAUGCUUUGGCUUCUGUCGAUGUGAACAAGAACCAGGAAAAGUGGACUGAAACGCAUGAGUUGGGAGUCUAUCAUAGGCCACCGGAAUUGUUAGGACGAGAAGUGCUUCAGAGUCAGCAAAGCUUUGGUCCGGUGUACGAGAUGAGCGGCGAUACCCAGACGGUCCAUGAAAUUGGCCAUGCUCGUGAUUGAUUGUCAAAAGGUUGCGC